GUGGCUCGCUGCCCCGUUGUCAGGGUAACGGGAAAGCGAAGGGGCCUGGUUCUGGAGUUGAAGCCUAACGGGAAAACGGAGGAAAGCAAGGAGGAGGCCGGACGGUCUCGGAGGCGCGGAUAACCAUGGCUGUGUAUUUCGACCAUCGUAUUGAAGCUCCAGAUCCUGCAGCGUCGCCGUCCAUCAUCUCCUGGCAUAGUCUUCACCCUUUGCUGGCUGUGGGUUCGGUCAGCCCAUCUUCUGGGGGUUGUGUGGACAUCUUUGGUGAACUGGGCGACCAUGUGAGUGGUUCACACGUUGAAAGGUCCUACCAGCCGACCCUUCUGAGCUGGCAUCCGACUAAAAAGUUACUUGCCGUGGGGUGGGCACUGGGAGAAGUCUUAAUUGUAAAUGAGCCAGACAAAGAGCAUCACGCCGUAGCGUCGACGCACAGCACGGAGAUCACGUUGCUGGAGUGGAGCAGUAACAACAGCUGUCUCAUUUCAGGAGACCUUAAUGGCUCACUCGUUAUGUGGAGACUGGACCAGCGAGGCCGCGUUCAGGGAGCGCCAUUACUGAAGCUGGAGUACCGCAAGCCUUUAACUCACUGCCUUUUCAAACCAGCGGCUCCUGAAGAGGAUAUGGCAAAGCUGGCUAAAGCUGCAGUGAGCGGGGAUGAAAAGGCGUUGGAUAUGUUUAAUUGGAAAAUGAAGGCAGCCACCCAACAGGAGUUCUCCUUCUUCGUCAGCACAGCAGAUGGAUCUAUACACUGGGUGAACGAACAGGCAAAGACCAGCCAGAUAAUAGCAAUGGACAGUCCUGCACGGAGGCUGCUCUUCUUGGAGAAGAAAUCCGUCCUAGUGGUGGUGACUGAGAAUUUCCUGCUCUCGCAAUUCUUUCUGGGUCCAGAAGGAGACGCUGAAGAGUUAUCUAAGGUGAAGCUGACUGGGAGGACUGGUAAAACAGCUGACAUUAUCUGCAUCAGUAACUGCUUACUGAUUACGGCGACAGGAGAAAGUGUCAUCAGAUUCUGGGAUCUUGAGCGAGAUGACAAUUAUGUGCUGUUCCUGGAUGAACAGUUGGGAUUUGAAGCUGAAGAAACCAUAAACUGUAUUUCUUACUGUCCGGCAAAAGGAAUUCUGGCAGCUGGAACUAGUAAGGGCAAGGUGGCUAUGUGGAGCAAAGUCAUUGAUGGGCGAAAGUCUUUAAGAACAGAAGGAAAAGAUGGCUGGAAGCUUAACACCCCAACAGAAUUGGAUGGUGACAUCGCACAGAUCAAAUGGGGGUCAUCCAAGAAUCUAUUAGCAGUGAACAACCUCAGCUCGGUGCUGGUCCUCAGCGAGCAUGUCAUGUCCUCUCAUUUCCAUCAGCAAGUUGCUGCAAUUCAGGUGGCGCCAUCUCAGCUCAGCCUGACCUACUUCAGUACCGGAGCCCGCCACAGCUUGAAGACGGACAUGUACAUAAAAGGGGUCUUUGUCACUAAGGAUUCUGUUGCAGUAUGGAAUGGCAAAUUGGUGACAGUCUAUGAACUUAGUGGACCCACUCUUAAAAAUUCAGGUUCCUUCGCCAGCGAUUCUCUUGUGUUGGCAAUUCAUGAAGAGAACAUCUACACUGUGGAGCCUGGCAGAGUCCAAAUUCGUACAUUGCAGGGGACGGUCAAGCAGUUGCUUCCAUUCUCUGUGGCAGAAGGAAACCCAUGCAUGCUGGACAUAUGCGGUACUUUCUUAGUGGUGGCCACUGAUGCCGCCCACUUCAAGCUUUUUGACCUUUCUAGGAGGGAGGCCAAAGCCCACAGCAAUUGUAAGAACCUCUCUGAGCUAGUGCCAGGACUGGGCAGCAUUGUGUCUAUCAGGUGCAAUGCCAAUGGCAGUAAAGUCAGCAUCCUCGCCAACAGGGCUGACGGUCACCUAGACUCCAAAAUGUACUUCUACGAUGUUGACCUGGAUACCAUGUCGUUCUUUGACUUCUGGAAUGGCCAGGCUGAUCAACAGGAUUCUCCAUCCAAUAUCGACACGAACCUUCCGGAGAACAUAAAACUCCUUGACCGCAUCCCGAUCAGUCAUUUCUGGGAUCAAAGUGAGCCACGCUUACUAGUAUGUGAGGCAAUGCUGGCUGUCCCAAAUUCAGUGCACCCAUCACCAAAUCGCAACCAGCUUGUGGAGGUUCCUCAUGGAAAGGAGGACGUGCUAGUUAUGUCAUUUUUCAGCACCCAGGAGCAUGGCCUACUACUUCAGGAAAGCUUUCCACGACCUAUCUCUUUCCAGUCCCUUCUCGGUAUUGAGGUCCCACAUUAUUAUUUCACAAGAAAGUUGUUAUUCCGGAGAGGCUGUGUGUAUCAGCCGGUUCAGCCUGGGGAAGAUGAAGACAAAGCUGAAAGUCCAGAAGUGGGCACACCACAGAUCCCCAAUAUGGUGGCCAAGAAGCCCCUGCGAGAUUUCAUUGGACUGGAGGACUGUGAGAAGGCAACACGAGAUGCCUUGCUGAACUUCAGCUUCUACCUCACUGUAGGAGACAUGGAUGAAGCCUUCAAGUCCAUCAAGCUCAUAAAGAGUGAAACCGUCUGGGAAAACAUGGCACGCAUGUGCGUCAAGACAAGAAGACUGGAUGUCGCCAAAGUAUGCCUGGGAAAAAUGGGCCACGCCAGGGGUGCCAAAGCGCUACGGGAGGCAGAGCAAGAGCCGGAGAUAGAAGCCAGAGUGGCCAUGUUGGCGAUACAGCUUGGAAUGAUGGACGACGCAGAGCAUCUAUACAAAACCUGCAACCGUUACGAUCUGCUGAAUAAACUGUACCAGGCUUGGGGUCAGUGGCAGAAAGCUAUCGAGACUGCGGAGAACCAUGACCGAGUCCACCUGAGAACCACCUAUUAUCACUAUGCAAAGCACUUGGAAGCUAUGGGAGACCGCAGUGUAUCACUCAGCUAUUAUGAGAAGUCAGACACCCACCGUUUUGAGGUUCCAAGGAUGCUACUGGAAAACCCACAGAACUUAGAGACCUACAUCAAUAACAAGAAAGACAAAAUUCUCUGGAAAUGGUGGGCUCAGUACCUGGAGAGCCAGUCGGACCUGGAUACUGCUCUCAAAUAUUAUGAGCUGGCACAAGACUACCUGUCUCUGGUGCGAGUGCAUUGCUACCUGCGUAACAUUCAGAAGGCUGCAGAAAUCGCCAAUGAGACUGGUAACUUAGCGGCUUCCUACCACCUGGCACGACAGUACGAAAGCCAAGGGGAUCUCAAACAGGCAGUGCAUUUCUAUACCAGAGCCCAGGCUUAUAAUAACGCCAUCAGGCUGUGCAAGGAAAAUAACCUGGAUGACCAACUCAUGAACCUGGCAUUGCUGAGCACCCCAGAGGAUAUGAUGGAUGCAGCUCGGUAUUAUGAAGAGAAGGCAGAGCAAAUGGACAGAGCUGUCAUGCUGUACCACAAGUCAGGUCAUCUGUCCAAGGCAUUGGAGUUGGCGUUUGCUACUGAACAGUUUGGAGCUCUUCAGCUAAUAGCUGAGGACCUAGAUGAGAAGUCUGACCCAGCCCUCCUUGCACGCUGCUCUGAUUUCUUCAUCCAGCACAACCAGUUUGAGAAGGCUGUGGAAUUACUACUGGCAGCUAAAAAGUACUACGAUGCCCUGCAGCUGUGCCUGGAGCAGAAUCUCAUUAUCACAGAGGAUAUGGCAGAAAAGAUGACCGUAUCCAAAAACUCCAAGGAGCUUAGCGAGGAAGCAAGACGGGAACUUCUCGAACGCAUUGCUGACUGUUGCAUGCGACAAGGGAAUUAUCAUCUUGCAACCAAGAAAUACACUCAGGCUGGGAACAAGAUGAAGGCCAUGAGGUCCUUAUUGAAGUCAGGUGACACUGAGAAGAUUGUGUUCUUUGCCGGAGUCUCCCGACAGAAAGAGAUCUACAUAAUGGCCGCCAAUUAUCUGCAGUCUCUGGAUUGGCGGCAAGAUCCCCAUAUUGUCAAUAACAUCAUUAACUUCUAUACCAAGGGAAGAGCCCUUGACCUUCUGGCUGGUUUCUAUGAUGCUUGCGCUCAGGUGGAGAUUGACGAAUAUCAGAAUUAUGAGAAGGCCAUGGGGGCACUGACUGAGGCGUACAAGUGUUUGUCCAAAGCCAAAAUGCGAAGCCCAGAGGAGCAGGAACGACGCUUGUCUGAUAUGCAGAACAAGGUUACUCUGGUCAAGAGGUUCCUCCAGGUUCGGAGAGCAUACUCCGCAGACAAGCAAGAAGCCAUCAGACAGUGCGAGCUGCUGCUGGAAGAGCCGGAUUUGGAGAGUGCCGUCCGCAUCGGCGAUGUGUACGGGUUUCUGGUAGAACAUUACACACAGCAAGGAGACUUUCAGAAGGCGUACCGGUGCCUAGAAGAAAUGAGAUCCAAGACACCUUCAGCCAAUCUCAGCUACUACGUGUCGCAGAGCACAGUGGAGGCCGUGUAUCGCGCCCUCUCCAUCCCACUCGCGCACCAGUCUACUGAGCACGUGCGCCACAACAGCGUAGAAGACAGUGAGGAGGUGGAGGAAGCGCCCGACAUAGAUUAUGAUGGUUAACCCUUUUCAGGUCACACUUUUUUUUUUUUUUUAUUGCACAUUUGACAUGUAUCCUUAAAAACUUUGGCGGCCUUUGCAGCAAAUCUCCCAGUAGUGCUGCCUGAAAUAUGACUAAUGGUGUAUUGUCCUAUCAAGCACUGGGGUCGUGGCAUGCAGUUAUACUGUUAGGGGUAUGUACUUCUGCAAUCAUUUUUUUAUUUCUACAAUAAUUUUUUUUUUUUUUUUAAUGAAGCACUUUUUAGCGAAUACCGAUCCUAUGCGGACCCGUGUGUCUCCAUAACAUCCUACCAGCAACCUGUGCACGUAGUCUGGUCCUGCAAUUGUAUGUUAGUCCUUUAUCUUCUUGCUAACCUGCAGACAGUAGACGAGGGGGUAGAUGGAAGAGAGUAACCCUGGGUUCAC